AUGUCGGGCCUCGAGCCGCUCGCGGCCUUGGGUCUUGUGUGCAACAUCGUUCACCUAGUCGAAGUUGGUCUCAAAACAGCAACACUUUGCAAGAACGCCUAUCGCACAGGCGAACCAGAUCCCGAGCUCAGCGUCUACGCUCGGAAUCUGGCAGUCGCCGCUUCAAGCUUGGGCCAGUCGCUGGAGCACUCCCAGCACCCCCUCAGUCUCGAUGACGAGAGGCUCCUGACUCUAGCUCGCAAUUGUCGAGAUGCCGAAGCUGAAUGGAGGAAGAAAACCCCAGCUCGGUUCCUUUCCCAACAACAACCUCGAAAGCGAGAUCGCUUUGGGGCCGUUUUCCGAGGGAUUAUCAAUAAGCCGGAAAUCGAUCGCUUGGAAAGUCAGCUACAGAAAGCCAAAGAGUCUCUGGAGACAGAUCUUCUUGUUGGAGCCUUUAAACGCCUUGAAAUCUCCAAAGUCCAGGCCGACGACCUUCGAGAAACGCUUCAAAAUCUCCUUGUCGUAGCAUCCGCCAGUGAAACAAAACUUCAGAACCUCAUCCAAGUACAAGUAUCUCUGGUCAAUACGCAGUUAUCAGACCGCAUUGAGAGAGCCGAAUCAUCCACAAAAGCUCAUAUCACAUCAGAACUUGGUAGUCAUGAGUCAAGAAUUAUAUCACACGCCGAAAAGGGGAAGGAUAGUCUCUUGGCAGAAGCUGAAGCAAGAGAGGCGAGCCGGAGGGAGGACGAGGCCUACGAACGACUCCUGCGCAGCUUCCAUUACCCAGACAUGAAUCAUCGAAAAAACGAGAUACAUUCCUCUCACGCGUCGACAUUCCACUGGAUAUUCGGACGAGCCAGUUUAGAUGUUCCUCAUCCAAAGCCUCGGCUUGGUGGUGGGCUAGACCUCGACGCCGAAGGGCUGGUCUACGGCAGCUUUGUCAGAUGGCUUGAAUCGCCUGAAAGCCGGUAUUGGAUCAGUGGCAGACCUGGCACCGGGAAAAGUGUGUUAAUCAAGUUCAUCACCUCUCAUCCACAAACAAUGCUCUCAUUACAGCAAUGGCAACCUGACGUCCAGAUUCUCGCUCACUUCUUCUGGAAAGUUGGCAGUCCCAUGCAAAGCAGUUUUAAAGGCUUUUUAUGCUCUCUUGCCUACCAACUAUUCGCUUUAGAUAAGAGGAAUGUCAUCGGUCGGCUCCAGAAGCAUCCUGACUGGUCCCGCAAGGCAGGACCUGGUGAUUGGGACAACAAUGAUCUCCAGUCUCUGGUUACUAGUCUUUUAGGCCUGUCAGCUAAGCCUUUUUGUCUUUUCAUUGACGGCCUCGACGAGCUCAUGGACGAUGAUGGGGUAUGUACCCUAAUUGGGUUCCUCAACACUUUGCAAAUAUCAUCACCACUGGUCAAGAUUUGUAUGUCAAGCCGCCCAGAACAAGCCAUACGAGUGCGACUGCGUCGCGAACCAGACUUGAAAAUGCAAGACUUGACAUGGUUUGAUAUUUGGCAAUAUGUAUGGGCUACUCUUGGAAACGCAGUCGGUCUAGCAAGCUCUUCAAUUUUCGUCGAGGAUCUUGUCAGGGAUAUCACCAGCAUGGCAGAAGGGGUAUUUCUUUGGGCUGUCCUGGUAACAAGAUCAGUUGCUCGGGGUAUCUUAAAUGGCGACUCAAAAGAGGAUAUCCAACAGAGACUCGUCAAGACUCCUAGGAAACUUCAUGAGCUUUACUUUAGCAUGUGGGCCAGACUGGGUGAGGACUCAGAUCUUUACCAGGAGUCGACGGCACUCAUUCUCAAAAUUGCCCUUUUUGCUUGGCGGCCACCACGAAAUGAUGGUGGCUUCAAGUCAUGA